AUGGAACCGGUAAAACGACGAAUGCGUCGGGAAUGUUUUUUAACCAUUGGCGCAACCGCCGAUUUCCCUCAGCUGCUUGCAGCGGCAGUAUCAGAUCCGACAUUACAGAAACUCAGAGAUCUCGGCUUUACUGAUCUCACAUUACAAGUCGGCGAGUUGGCAGAUUAUUUCCUCCAAAUCAAGCCAGUCGAUAGCAAAGGCAUUAAUAUCCGGCACUUUGCAUUCAACAAACAUGGCCUGCAAGAUGAGAUGAGAAAGUGUCAGGCAAAGCCGGGCGUAUCGGAGGAGGGUAUCGUGAUUUGCCAUGCUGGAGCUGGCACUAUUCUAGAUGCUAUGCGGUUGGAUUUGCCGCUUGUGGUAGUACCAAAUAUCUCACUCCUGGAUAACCAUCAGGAAGAACUUGCGUCCGAGCUGGAGAAGCAAGGAUAUGUGGUCAAAUCAGAUUUACUAGGUCUUGCUGGAGCAAUUGAAAAGGCAAUUGAGAUGAAGCGAGCAGCUUGGGGUCGUUCUAGUGGCAAUGCUGGCGGUAUUGCCCGGAUUGUUGACUCGGUGUGCGAAUACGAGGAAGAGGUUAAGGGGCGCCUUGACUGA